AUGAGGCUCUGCCCGUGCCGGGGAAGCCUGAGCGAGGCGGAGGCCGGGGCGCUGCCCGGAGCGGCCCGCAUGGGACUGGAGGCGCCGCGAGGGGGGCGGCGGCGGCAGCCGGGACAGCAGCGACCAGGGCCCGGCUCUGGGAGUCUGGCGGCGCGGCUGGAGGGGGGCGGGCUCCGGGCCUGGAUCGAGGAAUCCAGUCUCCACACCGAACCCGAGAAGGCUGGCCUCAGGCCUGAGCCGGGGACAGACGAUCCUUGGACAGAAUCUAGGACAGACGGACAGGCUGAACUCGAGGCAGGUGGUCUGGGAGUUGAGACUGAGAGGCCCAGACAAAAGACAGAAUCAGACAGGUCCAGCCUCCAGACACUUGCAGAAAGCAGCAGCCACUGGUCAGAGUUGGAGAGAGCCGGUGGUUGGACGGAGACUGAGAGGGAUGCCUUUUGGACUGACCCACGAAGGUUCGAUCUCCAUUCUCAGCCGGAGGCCAGUGUCUGGACACAGCCAGGGGUCGAUGGGCCUCGGACAGAGCUAGAAACAGAUGGGUCACAGAUCCUGCCAAAGAGGGACAGGGUCUGGGCUGGUGGCCUCUGGACCCACCAGAACAGGUCCAGUGCUGGGACUCAGCGGGCGGAGGCCUGUCCCUCAACGGAGCCAAGUGCCGACUGCUCAUGGAAAGAAGUGUAUACUGAUGGCUCCAGGACACAACAGGGUACUGAAGGCCCCCUGACAGAGCCAGGAGCUGAUGGAUCCCAGAUACUACAAGCUACUGAAACAGCCUGGCAACAGUCUGGGCCUGAUGGUUUCCCAGUACAACAAGAUACUGUUGGCUUCUGGACCCAGCCUGGAACUGAAGGACCCCAGACAGGCUACCUUUCGGAAGAGCCCAACCAAGAUGGCUCAGUAGAGGAACCAGAAACUGGGGAGCUGGGGACUCACCUGUACUCUCACCUGGGGUGUAGUCCCCUGUGCUCCGUACCCCGGCUCAUCAUCACCCCUGAGACUCCUGAGCCCGAGGCCCAGCCAGUGGGACCCCCCUCCCAGUUUGAGGGAGGCAGUGGCGGCUUCUCCUCUGCCUCCUCUUUCGACGAGUCUGAGGAUGAUGUGGUGGCCGGGGGCGGAGGUGCCAGCGACCCCGAGGACAGGUCUGGGAACAAGCCAUGGAAGAGGCUGAAGACAGUUCUGAAGUACUCACCCUUUGUGGUCUCCUUCCGUAAACACUACCCUUGGGUCCAGCUGUCCGGACAUGCUGGUAACUUCCAGGCGGGAGAGGAUGGUCGGAUUCUAAAACGUUUCUGUCAGUGUGAGCAGCGCAGCCUGGAGCAGCUGAUGAAUGACCCCCUGCGGCCCUUUGUCCCAGCCUACUAUGGUGUUGUGGAGAAGGGUGGCCAGAUGUUCAACCAGAUGGAAGACCUCCUGGCAGACUUUGAGGGCCCCUCCAUCAUGGACUGCAAGAUGGGCAGCAGGACCUACCUGGAGGAGGAGCUGGUGAAGGCACGGGAGCGGCCCCGACCCCGGAAGGACAUGUAUGAGAAGAUGGUGGCCGUGGACCCUGGGGCCCCCACCCCCGAGGAGCACACCCAGGGCGCAGUGACCAAGCCCCGCUACAUGCAGUGGAGGGAGACCGUGAGCUCCACCUCCACCCUGGGCUUCCGGAUCGAGGGCAUCAAGAAAGCCGACGGGACCUGCAACACCAACUUCAAGAAGACACAGGAGCUGGAGCAGGUGACAAAGGUGCUGGAGGACUUUGUGGAUGGUGACCGCCGAAUCCUGACAAAGUACGUGGCACGGCUAGAAGAACUUCGUGAAGCUCUUGAGAAGUCCCCGUUCUUCAAGACCCAUGAGGUGGUGGGCAGCUCCCUCCUCUUUGUGCAUGACCACACCGGCCUGGCCAAGGUCUGGAUGAUUGACUUUGGCAAGACAGUGGCCCUGCCUGACCACCAGACACUCAGCCACCGGCUGCCCUGGGCUGAGGGCAACCGUGAGGACGGCUACCUCUGGGGCCUGGACAACAUGAUCCAUCUCCUUCAGGGGCUAGUCCGGAGCUGA